AAAAACUUAACUAACAUGAUGGUCUUAAAUCAGCUAAGCAUGCUAGUCAAACACAGAGAUGCUCUCACGUCCCUUGCUCUGGCUGCAGUGAACUGGUUGGAUUAUUAUUGAUUGAACGGCUGCUCCAAACAAUCAUUUAUUUCAGUGAGGGACAAGAAAGAGUUUUCUCCAAGUAACUCGAACUCUUUGAACAACCCAACAAGUGUUCAAAAACUUAACGGAUUCGUCGAAGCUCGAAAAAGCACUGAAAAUCAUCAAACCCAAAAUCAAGUUGCAAAAGGAAGAAAUGAAGCUUCCAGUCAAGAUACUCGUGAGGUUAUACAUUAUGAGACUUAUAAGCAGCUUAAAGAAGUGUCAUUGAGGCAUGAGCCUGGUGUCUCAAAAACUGAACUCUAUGAGAACCUACUCAAACCCUUUAAGCAUGAAAAGAGAAUAGAGACACUUCCUGACAGUGGAAGAACCCUCAUGGUUUAUAUCUGCAAGCAUGGCAACUGAAACCGAGAGUUCACCAAGAUCUGGAACCUGGUUGACCACUCCAGAAUGCACAAAGGCAUCAGACCGUACAAGUGCAACUUCUGCUCCAAAGCUUUCACACAGAAAGGCAACCUGAAGAAACACUCCAAACAGCACCAACAUAAGAGUUUGGAAGAAAGAAGGAAAUUUCAGUGAAGGAUUUGCAAGAAACGAUAUACUGAGAAAUACAACUUAAUGGCUCACAUGAGGACACAUAAGCAGAAGGAUACACCAUAAUCUCUCCAAGUUUGCAACCGUUGAGCAUGAAGAGAAGACAACAUAACUAAUUUGAGAUAAAACUUAAC